CGCAUUAUGCGAACAGUAGCCAAAUUCAACAACAAAGAAGACGAAUUAUUCAUUUAAACUAUACUAGAUAGAUAGCACAGUGAUAUAAAUAUAUAUAUACAUAGGAAAAUAUACAAUUGACCUUGGGCGCUGUGAGGUGUGCGUCAUGGCUAGCCCAAACAUUAAUUAUCGCUCCUUGGCUGAGGAGCACGCAAAUCCAUUUCAAACAACAACAACAACAGCAGCGAACAUAAAAACAAAUUUGGACGACGCAAAAACAUUUACAGCUGCUGCGCAUUUAGGCGAACACGCGGAUGACGAAGAAGAUGGAGACCAGGAACACGACCACGAGCACGAGGAUAUGUCACACAAUAGUGGAAUUAUGAUACAUAUCGUUCCCGAAACUGGAAAAGAAUCGCAACGCUGGAAUCACAUCGAAGAUCUCGAUUCCUUUUUCUCCCGCAUGUACAACUAUCAACAAAAGCAUGGAUUUCGUGUUAUUGUACUGGACGAGGUGUUUCAGGUGCUGGAACUCGGGUUCGUCAUUUGGCUGUUUACCUUUUCGACGCACUGCAUAAAGUACGAUGUGCUCUUUGGCAAUAGUUUGCCCGAGCCUAAUCGAACUAAAACGAUGCUGAGCGACGUCUUUAUAUCGACGGGUGAAUGUGUGUCCAAAUUUGGGUUCUUCACCUAUCUGACUAUAUUCCUGGCUGCCAUAUACCUGGGCAUACGGCUGCUCAAGACGAUCUAUCACAUAACCCAAUACGCUGAUAUCAAGAGAUUCUACAACACUGCCCUGGGCAUCGAGGACAGUGAUUUGGAUAACAUCACCUGGCACGACGUGCAGCAGCGCACGCGCAAGGUGCAAGCCGAGCAGCACAUGUGCAUCGACAAGGAGCUGCUCACGGAACUGGACAUUUACCAUCGCAUUUUGCGCUUCAAGAACUAUUUGGUGGCUCUCAUGAACAAGCAGCUGCUGCCUGUCCGCUUCCAGCUGCCAUUGAUUGGCGAGGUCGUCUCGCUCUCUCGCGGCAUGCUCUUCAACAUCGAUUUCAUACUCUUCCGCGGACCUGGUUCUCCGUUCCAGAACAAUUGGCAGCUGCGCGAUGAGUUCGCCGUGCGCAGCAAUCAAACGGAAUUGGCCCAAAGGCUGUCGAAGCUGAUACUGGGCGUGGCACUGGUUAAUCUGCUGCUGGCUCCAGUCAUAUUCCUCUGGCAGCUGAUCUACUUCAGCUUCUCGUAUGCGAACAUCUUGCGCAAGGAGCCCAGUGCCUUAGGUGUGCGCACCUGGUCGAACUACGGACGCCUCUACUUGCGUCACUUCAAUGAGCUGGACCAUGAGCUGGAUGCACGCCUGAAUCGCGCCUACGAGUAUGCCGAUCGCUAUUUGAGCUCCUUCUCCUCGCCCCUGGCUGCUGUGAUAGCCCGUAACGGCCUCUUCAUAAGCGGAGGCUUGCUGAUCCUGAUACUCGCCCUGGGCAUCUACGACGAGCAUGUCUUCCAGGUGGAGCAUGUGCUCAGUAUUAUCGCUGCCUUGACCGUUGUCGGCGUGCUAUGCCGCACCUUUAUACCCGAUGAGAACCUCAUCUGGUGCCCCGAGCAGCUGAUGACCGCCAUCCUAGCCCACGUUCACUACUUGCCCACCGAAUGGAAGCAGCAGGCCCACACUGCCCACGUGCGGAGCGAGUUCAGCAACUUCUUCCAGUUCAAGGCGGGCUAUCUGCUCAGCGAGAUCUUCAGUCCAUUCGUGACGCCAUUUGUGCUCAUCUUUGUCUUUCGACCCAAGGCCAUGGAGAUUGUUAAGUUCUUUCGCAGCUUCACAGUUUCUGUGCGUGGCGUUGGCAACGUUUGCUCCUUUGCCCAGAUGGACGUGCGCAAGCAUGGCAAUCCCGAUUGGCAGAUCAACAAUAGCCAUUUGUUGGAUCUACCUGGUCUCAACAAUGAUCCACUGCAUCAGCAGCAGCAGAGUUUGGCUGGCGGCAAGACGGAAAUGUCGCUGGUGCGCUUCACUCUGAACAAUCCAGAAUGGCAGAUGCCAAAGGAGGCUUCCAAGUUUAUCAAGGGCAUUCGAGAGCAUGCCAUCGAUGAGCUGGUCCAGGCGAAAACAUCGCCACAGACAGCGGCACGUGAUAAUCCGCUGAUGCACAGCCUGAUCUCAUUUGGCAACAUUGGCGAGGCGUACUCCUCCAUAGCCAACUCUGUGCUGGCCGCCGAUGUGAGUCCCGAGCAGCUGCAGCUCUCGCAGUCAAUGAACGCUGGCCGUGCUAGCUUUAACAAUCCUCCAGCUGGACUUGGAGUUGGAACCGGAGCAGCGGCUGCAUCCGACUUCCGCCAGAUGCUGCAGCAAAAUCUGGGCGAGCCAUUGAGCAGCAUGAGCAUGGGUCCAGGGGACAGCAUGCGUAGACUGCGUCUUAGCAAGGCUGAAGGACGCCUCGAGGGACCAACGGAUACCCUGCUCUACAGCCUGUACGGCGUGGAGCCACGCCUGGCCAAGAAUCCGAUUGGCGUCACCGUUGCGGAUAUGUGCCUUAGUGCUCUCUACUUGCACGAGCUGAGUCAGCAGAAGCGCUUGUCCCGGCAAUCGCGCAUCGAGGAGGCUGACGAGCGACCCGGUCCAAGUUCGAGGGGGCCACGCCCACAGGCACCGCCACAGCCGCCCACCGGAUCGGCGGGCCACACCGUGAUUACCUCCAAGGCGGCCGAGCGGACGCCGCUUUUGGGCAACAUUCGCUCAUAGCAGCGACCAGUUUGGAUCUAAUUGAUAAUAUCUAUGCAUAAUACUUAUAGACUUAAGUAAAAAGAGAGAAACAGAAACUAAAACUAAUAC